AUGCCUGUGAAUAUGCUCCUUGUAACAUUUACAUCAAAAUUGAUCUUUUGUCCUGUCUGGUCAAAGGGAUUAGUACACGUGCCUAUCAAUGUUGAUCAUACCCAUACUUGUAUUGACCUUUUUACUGGCAAGAGUCAACUCAAUGGAGCUAGAUCAAGUUAUCAGUUUGGUGAUUCGUGUGAUAACAUAUACCUUUUCUGCGACCCAGCAACAAACACUUGUAAUACAAAAGGAUGUACAAAUGCUGAUUAUCUUAAAGGAUGGGAUUUAACUGUACGAAAGAUGCCCGACAGAUGUGGAAAUGGUACCUAUUGUCCAGACAACAAUUCAAACUGUGUUCCACUCUUGUCUAUCGGUUCUCACUGUGAAAUGCAACGCGAUGAUGAGUGCUCGGGUCAAACUUCCAUCUGCCUCAAUUCAACAUGCUUUAUAAAGGGAGCUCCAAUGGGAGGAAAUUGUGGAUCUGACACAACAAAUUAUGUAUCUUAUGAUGCCGAGGGAUUUGCUGUCCAACAGACUAUCAUCAGAGAUAAUUGUACGAUUGGCUCGUUCUGUGAAGAUCAGACUUCAUAUACCUGCAUUCCAUCAAAAGUUAACGGACUGGCAUGCAACCAGGACCGCGAAUGUAUCUCGGGAACAUGCAGCAACGACGGUACUUGCGUCAAUGGUCCGGACGUCUUCCACACGAUCCAGCCCUGGCUCUGGGGUGUUCUGGGUGCAGCCGUGACGAUCUUUGUGCUGCUGAUCUUGGGUGCUCUCUGGGUCUUGCACCGCUACCAAUCCAAUCUCGAACACGAAAAGAUUGCCAAGUUCUUUGGCGACAAUGAAGAGUUUGGUCGGUAUGCCAUGGCCGACCGAGACGACGAGGACACCUCGGCUUCGUCUUAUGACGGCGGCUAUUUCCCUGACCGGCCACGGAUGCCAAUGCUCGCCAACGAAAGUGUCGUCUAUCUGACCACCCCAGAUUACAUCAAAUCGUCCUCGCUUUCGACUCACUCGAAGCGCAAUGCAUCAGCUACCCGUCUCCGAGACGCAAACGCUCCUCCACCACCACCUCCUCUAGGACACGAAUCAGGAAAUGGUGCCCUUUUCUCCUGA